UUUCAGUUACACGUUCCAAUGAUAGCGCAACCGUGUUAUGCAUUCCCAGCCAGGGCGUCAGUCGGAAGGUCGCCGGUGAUGGCGGACCGCCGGUGGCCUCGUAUCGCCGCGGUCCUAGUCUGCAUGGCCUCCAUCGUCUCCGAGGUCCUGCCACUCGGAGCUGUUGGGUCCAACGCGACCACCGGAUUAUGGAACUUGGAAACGAGCAAGCGCAUCAGAAGUAGGGACACAGAGGUCAUCUUUGAGGACGUAGAUAGCGAAAGACACCAGAGCAAACGUCCCUUGGACUGGCCUCUGUUGGUUGGAAUAGUUAUAACUAUUCUGCUCUUGCUCCUGCUUUGUGUAUUGGUCUUCCGACUGCCCACAUCCCAGCCCAAGUACACCCGGCUCCACCCCGUACGUGACUGGAAAAAUCCAGUCGAGACUUUCACAUACAUCGACAUUUCCAACGAGGACUACCACUACCCAGGGAUGCCCGGCUGGACACAUAAUUCGGUACCCUGCGGGCAGCAUCACUGUAGCAACUCGCGCUUUGCUGUCAAAUUCGAGAAUGAAAAGUCCACGGAUUCCAACAUGGUCGACGUCCCAGCAGCAGUGAGCAGCAGUGCUAGAGGAGACACGAGCGCACAGGAGACACGAGCAGCGGACCGUAACAAGCAACAAGCAGGUCAUAGACACCACACUGACCGACAUCACGCCUAUUUUGACCGAAAUGGGCGCCAAAUAUACAGAAUUUCAUCGACGGAGACAAUCGACUCUCCAACAGGUGAAGAGUCAUCUUACAAACGGUUGAGACCAGCAGACAGUCCUGAAACGUUAGACACCACCAUCAUUCGUUCAUCUCGAGAAACGCUUUUGCACGCUAGUUCUGCCUCUGGCGUCGCCAUAUGCCGCCAACAGGUCAUCCCAGAAGCCAAAACACGCCGCCCUCCGGACCCCGCAAUGCUCGCUUCUGCUGCGCCUAACUCUGUCGGUACAUCACCUUCCCAUGGUUCAUCUUCAGUGACGUCUGAAGCCGAGACUCCGCAGACGCAGUUGGAGAAAGUGCAAUCGUCCGCAGCUCACCUACAGCUCGUCGCCGAUGAUCCUCUGACUAGUCUACGUCCACCAAAAUUUAUUAUGGUUCUUCCAUAUAACCCGAUUUCAACAUGUUCAACGUACUCGUCAGGCCAACGCUACGCGCAAGAAUCGACGUCGGAGGAAACAUUCGUCCAGAUCGUAGGUGGGAUUUCUAGCGAACAAGUUUCUAUGCCCGCCACCACAGAAGAGCUCACUGGGAAAACACGGGUUAGACGAGAAACUCCGAUGCCAUACUCUGCUUCCGUCACCACUCCGGAAAGCGAUGCACCGGCACUAGGAAAAAGGGCUGUGACUCCAGCGCAGGAACAAGCCCGACUCACAAGUCGCAGUCCAUUAUAUGUGACGAGAACAGUAUCGCAUGAAGAAACUUCGACUGAAGAGAGGCCGGGGGCGUCGGCACUUGCUUCUAGGAAAGACAGCCGUGGCGAAGACAUUGUCUGCCAAGACGAAAUUCCCGAGGAAAUUCGUCGUGAUAGAACGCAAUCAGUUGAAGGUGUUCUGGACCAAACUAUGGAAGACCAGGUCAAACCCACCAGUUUGUUGUUUCAUCACCGUUCGGACACUGUAACGGCCGCCAUACCUCACGAGCCAAAGAGUAGCCCAUCUGCACCAACAGCGCAGAUGAAUGCUAAAAAUGUUCAAGGGCAUAUCGAAGGCUCGUCCGAGUUUCCGCCCAGGGUAUACAAACCGCGAUCUGUCGCUCCGAAUGAGUGGUGUCCAAAAGCGCUCGACGCCAGAACGUCAGGUUCAAAGGAACUGUCAGUACCGGUUACGGAGAGAGUGGCUUAUUUUGAUGGUAAGCACACUGCUCCCAAGCAAGCUGCGCCUGAUACGUUAAUCAAUGGCACUCCCGGAGAGCCAGACGCUUCUUAUGAAAGGCAAUUACCAUCACCAGCGAAGGCACCUCACCGGAAAACGGAACAAUGGAUAGACGAGAGCCCCCCUGGAAGUAUAUCAGGAAAACCGGUAUGGGAAUUUAUUACGCCAGGAAAGUUACCAAAAGAAAAGCUCGUCUUACCUAUACCACCCAUUAGAGCAACCUCAGAAUCGCAGAGCCCUUUGCGGGCUCGUGACGAACAACUAAAUCUAACUUGUGGAAUCACUUUUGGAAGGAAAACUGACAAGCAUGGCUCCACAGAACCGUUCAGCCUGGAUGACACAACAGCGACAAAAGCAUCACCUAGUGCAGAGACCUUCGCGCCUGCAUCCACAACCAGAGACGUUUUUAUUCAACAACUUAAUACAGAGAUAGGUACCAAGCAACUGACGCCUCCUAGCACAUCCCCUCGAAGCAAGACAAGCUUCCUUCGUACUUUGGAGAAAGGAGUGGACACUGAGGUUAAUCACCUAUCCUUCGAAGAACGCCCUAGUAUUGAAUACUUCCCUCAAGGUCGUACGCUAGCCACUCCGAUAGCUGCAAAGCGGACAAGCGUUCCGGACACGAAGCGAGAUCAAGCGGAGGCCAGCGGCAAGCAACCUGCCCAUGCAACCAUUCAACAUGACUCGGAUAUACAAGGACAGCUGGUAGAACUACAGCACGCAAACGUUACGCCCUGUUUACAGUCGGGGGAAGUGACACCUCGGGAGACUGCUGGUUCAGUGGAACUUCCUGAAUCAUACGAGUUGGUUGAAUACCCGUCACCUAGUCGAAGGUCACUGGAGGUUCAUCCAGUGUUCCCAAUAACGGCUCGAGAUGGCACUGCUCUACGCACACUGCCUGUUCCAGGACCCGUCGAAGAGGUGCCCCAACACCAGAGACAAAUAAUGGACGUGUCUAGCACAGUCUCGGAAGAGCUGGAAUCGUCCGUAACGCCUACCAACCUACAAAGUAUAGCUAGUGGAACGAGUAUACCAGACGAGUCGACGUCUAAACCGACCGCAAUUCUAACACGACCAAACUUUCUAUCUGAAGAACUGCCCAGCUCCGAGGAAUAUCAGAAAUUGUCUGCUUUGGCGAAACAAGAUGAGCCUGUCCCCAUUGGCAGAAAGCGCAGCGGUGAUAACUCGUGGGAGCUUUUGCCCGAGGACCAAGACAAUUCAAUAGUACUGAGGGGGCCGCUCCGUAUCGCUGAAUCUCCUAGUCCGAUGUUGCAAUACCCAAUGUUUUCCACCGCUCCUCCAGAAAAGGAUGACAGCGUCAACGUUUUGCAAGAGCUUCAAAGCGCUGAACAACAAUUGUUACCCUGCACAGAGGGUAUAGAACUACCUUUUCGUGCGCCAAAACAUAGCUCGCCUGAACGAUAUCUGGUUCCUGUAACAGAACAAAUUAUUCUACCAACUGAGAGAACACUACUGUAUCCUGCAAUAGAAGCAGUUCAGGAAGCAAAAAUAGUACAUGAAACAGUCGAAGCUACUUCGAACUUUGGCAAUGAAACAGGACUUGAUAAAAGUGAAGGGCAGCAAAUGCAAGUGAAGUCAGCCGGCUCACCUGAGGAAGACCAUGCUGAUGAACUUGCAGUAGUGGAGCAAGAUGUCACAGAAGGAAGUACAGCACCAACACUACCGGCACAACUGGAAGGAUUGCUCUCAGAUAUCGCUUUGACUAUAACAGAGAGUAAAGAGAUCCCAAGAGAAAUUGCGGUUUCCGAAUCCAUCAGCCAGCUCGUCAAAUCGAUACACGAGAUUACUAGUCGCAGGGAUGGAAUCUCAGCACAGGAGGAGGAAGCGAAGCUAGAGUGGUCGGUUACUAAGGCAUCCGAUUCGAUGUCAUCUGCCCUCAAAAAUCUGGACGUAACUGAGGAGGAACGUCCAAGUAUUCAAGAAGAGGAGCGUCCAGCUCUCACUUUGUUGUACCGUCCGAGCAUCGAGUACCUACCUCUUGUUUCUAUUGAUGGUUCGAGCUCUAGUGAGGUGGUCAAGGAGACGAGAAACGAAACCCAAAACAGCACCAGUACAUGGUCUCACAUGAACUUUCCUAAAGGUCUCAUCAACCAGUACCACAGUCCCGGCCUGCUGUCGCGUUCAACCGUUGCUUUGUCACGCUUGCCUGGAAGAGGGAUUGAUCAUGCUAUGGUAGCCGCUUCUGAGGUUGCAGAACCAUCUAGUGGGAACGCUAUCGUUCCCGUCUCUCCUGCGGAUGGAACGCUUUUCCCAGGUGGGCCUAUGUCCCCAAGCAAGGGUGCGAACCAGAUCCGACAGGAUGUGGUAGAGUUCCCAACCGAGUCAACUUCUGGCAAAACACGGGCAUCGGACGUCUCUGGCUUCUAUGAUGGCACCAAUCCAGAAUAUCAGGCGACGUCCUCUGUCGAAGCCCCAGGGGGUAACAUGCUCUCAACGACAGAAGUGGAAGCUCGACCUCCUUCCGAUGAUGCUGUGCAGUCCAGUGAGCACUCCAAUUUGAUGUCUUCAACGGCGAUCCAGUCCUUAGAAGCUUCAGCUGAGCCUUCUACGGGUGGAACUGAUUUUGAUAUAAAUAAGGAAUAAGAUGGUCACAAGAAGUUAAAAUUGCUUAUUGAUACAAAUACAAUGUAAUGAGACA